UAAAUGGAAAAGUUUGUUACUGCCAAAUCUCGGCAAAUGACAUGGAAUAUUAAAGUUAAAUUUAGUAAGUAAAUCGGGACAGUCAGCAAAUACCAUCACAAGUCUUUUUAGUAUUGAAGUGAUGCAAAUGAAAGUUCAUAGUAUAGAAGUCACUAUUCAGUCAAAAUUUUUUGACAUAUUAAUUACAGUGUCUCUGUUUAUAUGCUGUGUAUCACUAUUUAUUGACAUUUCAAAUUCAUUGAUAUAACUGCUAUCUUGAGGUAUACCAAAUUUCAAAGUAAAAGCCAGGGUUGUAAAAUAAUGUUCCAUAAUAACACUUAUGAAGAUUUCGUUGAAUGUUAAAAUUUGGACAAUUUUGUUAACAGUACACAUUUCCUCCUUUAUUUCAUUCGAUAUUAGAUUUCAAUAUGUUGGUAUUUUUCUAUAUUGAUUUCCCUGUUACUUUGAUAUCUAUAUUUUACGAGUUGAUAUAUCGAUAUAUAUGGGUUUCCGAUAUAUCGUUACACCCCUAAUUCUAUCUAUAGUCUAUGCAUCUUAGAAUUUCGAUAGACAUUUGACGUAGCAUCUUAGAAUUUCGAUAGACAUUUAAAUGAAGCAGAAGUAACUUUCAGACUAAUAACAGAAAAUAUGUCCCAAAUCGAAAUCUUAAAUAACAUAAUAAUAGAUAACCUUAUAGAAAACGAGGUUACAGAAGACGAGAUCACUAAGGAAUUAGAAUCCGCUGAGAGAUAUAAGGCUGAGUUUAUACUUGCGGAAUUGGAGUUUACACGUUUUUCAUCCCGACCAGAACAUUCUGAAACAACCUCUAAGAUGACUGUAAAGAACGGUUCAACAAAGGUGAGAUUACCGAAAAUAGAAUUAUUUAAAUUUGACGGGGAUCUUGAAAAUUGGUUGAGGUUUUGGAGCCAGUUUAAGAAAAUUCAUCACGACGAAGAGUUGACCGGAGAUGAUAAAUUCCACUAUCUGUUGCAAAGUAUGAUGCCUGGCUCUCGAGCAAGUGACUUAGUCCACAGUUUUCCACCGACUAGUGAAAAUUAUGAAAAGGUUAUUGAAAGUUUAAAGAGUAGAUUUGGAAAGACAGAUUUAUUGGUUGAGGUUUAUAUAAGAAAACUUUUGCAAUUGGUAGUACAAAGCAACAUCUACAAGUCUCAAAAAAAGUUCCAAGUGACUUCUCUGUACGACAAACUGGAAUCUCAUUUGAGGUCACUGGAAUCUUUGAAUGUAUCUAAAGAGGCUUGUGCACCCAUGUUAUUCCCUCUUGUAGAAUCGUCACUACCAGAAGAGCUUCUUAGAGUUUGGCAAAGACAUUGUGGACCAAUACCAGAACCCAAAGAUCAGCUUAGAAAAUUGAUGGAGUUUCUUCAAGUUGAAGCUGAAAAUGAAGAGAGAAUUGCAAUGGCUACGCGCGGUUUCACUCAAAAUAGUGCAACCGAGUUUAAAGGUAAGAAAGCGAACGCCAUUAUCGAAGAGAAUACUCCUACGGCAUCGGGGUUAAUAGCUGGUGAUACAAAGACUGUUGUCUGCAUAUUUUGCGAUGAAGAUCAUGACAGUUCGACUUGUAUGAAAGCUAAGAAGAUGACAUUGGAAGAGCGACAGAAUGUUGUGAAGAAUAAACGCUGUUGUUUUCGAUGUCUAAAAGUCGGACAUGGUUUUCGUAAAUGCAGAAAUAAUAAAAAAUGUCCUUGGUGUGGACGAAAACAUGUUUUGUUGAUGUGCAGGGAAGCUGCAAGUCCUUCGACGUCACAGAGUGCUCAUAUUGAAGAAAAGAAUGAUUUAGUCAAGAGCACAGCUAAUAUAUCAGUCCAUCAAAAUGUUUUUCUUCAGACAUUAAGAGUCAAGCUGCAGAAUAAAGAAAAAACAAUGGUUGUAAGAUGUAUAUUAGAUUCAGGUUCACAACAUUCAUAUAUAUUAAAAGAUGUAGCAAUUCGUAUGAAUUAUGAGUCCCAUAGUAAGACAAUUAUACAACAUGGUCUCUUUGGAGGUUCGACAUCGAUACCAGAGACGCAUAAUAAAUUUAUUAUUUCAGUGCAAAAUUUGACAACAUCUUUCAAAUGUGACAUUGAAGUGUUUGACAAGAAGGAAAUAUGUGCCGAUAUUCCAGCUAUUAAUGACAAAGUUUUGUUAGAAAAAUUGAAGCAGAUGAAUAUUAUUCUGUCGGAUGUUGAAGAAAGCAGCGAACCUAUUAGUAUAUUGAUUGGAUCUGAUAUGAUGGCUAAGUUAGUAACAUGUAGUAUGACACAAAUUAAUGAAUAUAUGAGUGCGAUCGAGACUAAAUUAGGAUGGACUUUGUUAGGGAAAAGAAACACAUUUGUUCGUAAAAAUGACGCAACUUUCUUAGUAGUUUCUUUAUUUGCACGUGAAGGCAAUAUAUCAGACCUAUGGCGACUAGAUACAUUGGGCAUCAUGGAUCCCAUAGAAAAGAAGUCCAAGGAAAUGCAUGUAAAACAGGUCAAAGAGAAUUUCAAGGAAACUACUGUAUUUAAUAAGGAUGUCGAAAAGUAUGAAGUUGUGUUGCCUUGGAAAGAUAAUCAUCCGCCGUUACCUAGUAACAGAGAAAUAUCAUUCAAGCGUUUAGAGAAGGUCACAAAGAGAUUGAAAUUUGAAAACUACUUCGAGCAAUACGGACAGGUAUUCAAAGAUUGGUACAAUGAAGGCAUUAUUGAAAAGGUUAAUGACGAUGAGGUCAGUAGGGUUGACUCUCAUUACUUGCCACAUAGACAUGUUAUUCGUCUUAGUAGUAGCACCACUCCAAUUCGUCCAGUAUUUGACGCGUCUGCUCGUAGUGUAGGAUCCCCUUCCCUAAAUCAGUGCUUAGAAACAGGUCCAAAUUUGAUUGAGCUUAUACCUAAUAUACUUUUACGUUUUAGAGAGAAAGAGAUAGGUGUUAUUUCUGACAUUCGAAAAGCAUUUCUGCAAAUAAGUAUAUCUCCCAAAGAUAGAGACCUUUUGCGUUUUAUGUGGUGGGAUAGUAAUAACCCUGAUAAAUUACAGAUUUAUCGUCACUGUAGAGUAGUGUUUGGUUUAACCUGCAGCCCAUUCUUGCUAGAGGCCACAUUGGAACACCACAUACAACAAGUCAUAAAAGGUAUCGACUCUUAUGAGGAUAAGAUGACUCUAGGUAAGUUGUUAAAAUCAUUUUAUGUCGAUAAUAGUGUAACUAGUGUCAGUACAAUGAAGGAGUUAGAUUGUUUUCGUAAUAAGGCAAUAGCAGUUUUGAAAACGGGUGGAUUUGAUUUGCGUUGUUGGGAAUAUAGUGGUGACAAUAUAUCUCCUCACGUUACCAAUGUACUGGGCUUGAAUUGGAAUAAACAAACUGAUACGCUCUUCUUGACUAGUCUUGAAAUUAGUGAUAAUUCUGUUCAAGUAACCAAGAGAUUCAUUUUGUCGAUUACGCACAAGAUAUUUGAUGUUCUGGGGUUAGUUUGCCCGAUUCUUAUUAAACCUAAAUUAUUGUUACGAGAUUUGUGCAAUUCUGGAUAUGAUUGGGAUAUGGAAGUGCCUAAGGAUGUUGAGAUGACUUUCAGUGAAUGGUAUUCACAAUUAAAUUUAUUAAAUAAAAUCGAGUUACCGAGGUGUCUUUUAGGUAAGUAUGACCGAUUGAGCUUUCAUGUGUUCGUAGAUGCAAGUCAAUCUGCCUAUGCGGCUGUGAUUUUUGUUCGCAUAGAAACUAUUGAUGGUAUAGAUGUACGUUUUGUUCAAGCUAAGUCGCGAAUUUCGCCUAAAUCUAAAAAAAGUACGUCAAUACCACGUUUGGAAUUACUUGCUGCUAGUAUUGGUGCACGAUUAAUGAAAUCUGUUAGUGAUGCGUUGAGUUUAACUGAUGACUCCUCUGUUUUUUAUUGGAGCGAUUCGAAUGUUGUUCUCUCAUGGAUAAAAAGAGACGCUCCGUGGGCUAGGUUUGUAUUCAACAGAGUUAAAGAGAUAAGAGAAAUUUCUAAACCAGAGCAGUGGUUUUUCGUUCCUGGUUGUAAUAAUCCAGCUGACCUACCAUCUCGAGGUUGUGAUGUAGAGUUUUUAAUUCAUUCUAAAUGGUGGGAGGGUCCAUUAUGGCUAAGAGAAGCCCCAGAUAAUUGGUCGAAUCACUCAAGUGGUUCUUUUGUCGAUGAAGCCGAAGUAAACAGAGAGUUAAAAAAGACUGAAAAACCAGUCACUAAUUCACAGAUAUCGUCAGUUUUUUGUUCACAAGUUGAUUCUGAGUUGUCAAGGUACACGCGCUAUUUUUCUAGUUAUAAUAAAUUAGUCCGUAUGGUGGCUUGGAUGUUACGAUUCAUCAAAAAAUGUCGUAAGAUGACUCAUCAGCUUUUGAGCGAUGACAUUUCUGGUUUAGAAUAUCAGGAUGCAGAAAUUACUUUAUUGAAACUGUGUCAGCAGGAAACUUUCUCUGGUGUUUCUGAUUUUCGUCUUAAAGGUUUUAGAGUAUUGAAAGAUGAUAAGGGUUUAUUAAGACUAGAAUCUCCUUUGCUGAAUAAAAGUGACGCAUACUGUUUUCGCUGUCCUAUAAUAUUGUAUCCAAAUCAUAUUAUUGUCACUCGUUUGAUAGAAUAUGAACACAAAAAAAAAUCUACACACUGGGGUUCAGACGCUUUUGAAUUCAUUAAGAGAAAACUACUGGAUUAUUAAGGGAAGAAAAGCUGUUCGUUCUGUUGUGACAAAAUGUGUAAUUUGUAGAAGACAUAGUUCUAAACAUUUUAAUGAAUCAUCGCCCGCUUUACCAGAGCAAAGAAUCAACACUUCUGUGGAGGUUUUUGAGAUUAUCGGUGUAGAUUUAGCUGGUCCUCUGUAUUUAAAGGACAAAAAGAAGGUUUGGUUUUGUCUCUUUACAUGUGCGGUAUACAGAGCAGUGCAUCUAGAGCUAGUGCUGUCGUUGUCUGCUGAGGAUUUUCUUCAGGCAUAUCGCCGUUUUGUUGCUCGCAGGGGAUGUCCAAAAAUUGUUUACAGCGACAAUGCUACGAAUUUUACUUUAGCUAGUAAAUUUUUGAAAGUGGAAUGGAAGUUCAAUCCACCUAGUGCAUCUUGGUGGGGAGGUUUCUUCGAGAGGCUCAUAGGUAUAGUCAAAAAUAUUUUAAAGAGGGUUUUAGGAAACUCUUGUUUGUGUUAUGAACAAUUACUAACUGUUAUUUAUGAAUGUGAGUCUAUCGUAAAUUCGAGACCUAUUACUUAUGUUAGUGAUGAUGCAGAAGAACCACAACCCUUAACACCUUCUAUGUUUUUAAAAGUACGGCAGGGUGCUCCUUCGAGUUCAAUAGAUUUGUAUGAAGAUAGUGAAUUAUCUGCAAAAAAUUUAAGCCGUCAAUAUCGAAAUUUGAAGAGGGUUAGGUUGAAUUUAGUAAAUCGAUUUAGAAGCGAAUAUUUAGGUUUUCUUUCUCGAAAAAAUAAGAUGGUACCUAUAGUAGAACCCAAAGUAGGAUGUGUUGUAAUGGUUGGCAACGAUACAGAUAAGCGUAUUCGAUGGCCUUUAGCAGUAGUUAUAGAAUUGAUACCGGGAAAGGACGGUAAAGUUAGGGUUGCCAAAGUACGCACUAGUAAAGGAACGUUAGUGAGACCAAUUCAAAGACUCUAUCCUUUAGAAACCAUCACUGGACAUUGCUAAGUGGCAAGUACUGAGGAAUAUUUUUUUUUUCUCGUUGGGAAGAUGUCAAAAGAGGCUGUAUAUUAUUUUAA